AUGUCAGAAUGUGGUCUAAGACCAAUGGAGUCUUAUAGGUAUAUGUCAACAGAAACUGGCGGAGACGACUGUGUUGGUCAUACGAUGAUUGAUCAUCUAAACUACUGCUACAAGUUAAAAAUGAAGCAAAUUGAUGGCAAGGAUUCACAAACACUAGUGAACAAACUGUAUGACAUACAAUCAAUAGAUCCCGAGUUCUUUUUCAGAGUAAGACUCAAUGCUGAAGAAAAAGUUGAGUGCCUAUUUUGGAGGGAUUCUAUGAUGAGAGAAGAUUACAAAAUAUAUGGAGAUGUUCUAGUUUUUGAUACUAUAUUCAGAACCAAUAAGUACAAUCUCAUAUGUGCUCCAUUUGUUGGCUAUGGGAGGAAAGCACCCUAUAUCAAUUUCACUGAUCAAGAUGCAGCUAUUGCUGCUGGAAUAGAACAGGUUUUUCCUUCUUCAAGACACAGGUUAUGCUUGUGGCACUUGAGUAAAAAUGCAAACAGUAGGUUUGGUUUAUUGAAGUCUGAUAAAAAGUUCAAAAACGCAUUCUACAAGUGUUUAAGUGGGUGUAUAACACCAAAUGAUUUUGAAGAAACUUGGAAAUCUAUGAUCAACACUUUUAAGCUGGAAAAAGAUGACUGGUUCAACAGAUUGUAUGGUCUUAAAGAAAAAUGGUGUACAGCUUUAAGUAAAGAUUUUUUUUUUCUGUCGGCAGCAAAUGUAUACACGAUAACACUUUUCCGUGAUUUUGAAGAAGAGUUCAAGCUUUCUGUGGCAAGUAGUACAAUGUUCAAGGGAAGUGUUGGAAGAACAGUGUUUUUUGAAGUGUGGAUAGAAGGAAUAACAGGAUUAAGGCAAGAAGUUCAAAACAAAAUGGAAGAUUCAACCGUCACUUGCACAUGCAAAAACUUUGAAGAAUCUGGAUGGUUAUACUAUAACUUAAUUUUGAAAGGGCAUAAGAUAGCAAAGGCCAGAAAAUUUAUCGAGGAGAAGUUUAAAACGGAUAAUAAAGCAGUUGAUGAAAUCAUAAAAAAGGAAGAAGAAAGGAAGGCAAAAGAAGAAGCUGCAAAGAUAGCAGAACAAGAAAAGGCAAAAGCUGAAGCACAACGACAAACACAAGACGAAGAAUCAACUAAUUCUGAAAUAACAAUUGUGCUUGAUCCUGAUCGUGCUAAUACUAAAGGAAAGAUUACUAUUUUGACAAUAUAG